AUGAGACCAUCACUAGCAGAAAUUGGCUGUGGAUCAUAUGAUCAUCAAAUGCACCACCCUCAUCAAAAAUCCAUUUUCUUGCCAACUUUAUGCAAAAUAUCCAUCAAAGACGUUAAAACAACCCACUCAAAAAAUCCAUCUUCGUCAUUCUUGAAUGACCCUUCAUCCCCUAAAGUUACCUGCAUAGGCCAAGUUAAGAGAAACAACAAAAUCAGUGCUUAUCCCACCACCACUGCCGCCUCCAAGACCACCGCCAACCACCAUAACACCACCAAACACACCCAACUGAAAAGCUUCUUUUCUAAUAAAAACCUCAUGCCAGCCAACACUAGUGGAGGUACAAGAAGGCACAAGAUCAAGGAUGUCCAUAAGAAAGUUAAUAUCAAUGAACUUGACCCGCCGUUGCCGGUGGUGAAGAGGGUGCGUCCACCGGGUGGCAGCCGUGAUACUGUGAAUCUAUGGAAGAGAAGAUUUGAUGGUGUGGCACUGAAAAAUUUACAGAUUGAACAAAUUCAUUUGCAUAUCAAGAAUUUUCUUCCACCGACUCCUGUUUGA